GAGCACUUUUACCUCUUCUUCCUUCUUUGCCAACCAACAGCACCUGUGCUGCAAGCACAGUUUAGAUCGCAGAGGACCUCUUGGAUUGAGGUGGUGAGUAGUGUGGAACUGCAGCCCCCCCCCUACCACACACACACACACACACACUCGCACACAUCGCUUGACCCCAAACCACUGGCAAUCGAUCGAAUCGAUCGAUGCUCACUGCUCACCGUACGUUGGCGAUGACUGCGGCGGCGUGUGUCUUGGCCGUUGCCUUGCUGGCAACGCUGGCCACGCAGACGGCCCACGCGUCCAGCUCCGGCUCGGCUGCGAGAACGACAAGCGAUCCGUCGCUCCAUGGCCCGGUCGUGCCAUCCGGUUUUUACGAGUGCUUCGUCGGUGCUUACCCAUCCACCCGGUUUGCAACCGAGGAUGUGGUUCGGCCUGCGGUCCUCUUCUCUGGCGUCUCGGUUCCAAAUGUGAAGCGCAUUGACCUGGAGUCGUGCGUGAACCUGUGCUCCUCCGUUUCCCUUGACGAGUGCGCCGGCGUGUUCUUCAUCGUGGCCCCGGAGUAUGCGUGCUACCUCCUGCCAAACGCGCCAGCAACAGGGCAGCCCGUGCCCACAGGCACGUCGUCCUUCACGCUGCUGCGCACGCCGCUGCAGGACCAGUUCCCACCACAGCUUCCCACCGACGCCCUGAGGGCGUGGGUUUCGUACGACCACGUGCACGCGCGUGCAGCCAGCAUGGGGUUUGCGGUUGAUGCGGUUGGCGCCGUCCCUUUCGCGCCGGGCUCCCCGAGCGACUAUGCCUUCCGACUGGAGAUUGGCCACCUCAUCCGCUCCUUCGUCUCCCGUGUCUCAGACUGCAUGGCCACGUGCCUGGCAACGGCCGAAUGCGACGCCCUGCACAUUGUGCAGACGCGCCCGUCGUUUCAGGCCACAGCCAACUCUGGCACGCCAGGUGACGAUGCCAUCCCCAUCAUCUGCUCGCUGCUUCGGGAUGCAGAGCCACACAGGCUCACAUCAACCACCUUCCACUCCUUUUCCCUCUCCCGCAUCAACCUUCCUACAACCACCACAUUGACCACCACAUCAACUACGACAUCGAGUAGCAUGCCAACCACCACAUCAACUACGACAUCGAGUAGCAUGCCAACCACCACAUCCACCACUACAUCCACCACAACGUCAACCACCACAUCAACCACCACGCCACCUCCUGGUGAUGCAACCACAAUGCAUCCCCCAGCCACAACAACAACAACAACGUCCACCACUACAUCCACCACGACGUCCACCACCACCACCAUGACAACAAGACCUUCGUCGUCACUGGGCCACGAGCAGUCCAGUGUAUCGUCCUCAUCUUCCACCUCCACAUCCUCCUCCACCUCCACGUCUUCCUCCACCUCUACGUCGUCAUCAUCAUCAACAUCCUCCUCAUCAUCCACAUCAUCGUCAACAUCCACUUCAUCCUCGUCAUCAUCAACGCCUGCGCUGUCAUCGUCUGCCCCGCGUGGCAUCAUCCUCAUGUUUGCCGAUGACGUGGGUGCCGAGCGUAUUGGCGCCUAUGGGUCGCACCACUCCACCCCAAACGUGGAUCGCCUUGCGUCGGAGGGCGCCCUCUUUUCACACUUUCACGCCCAGCCAGCAUGCGUUCCUUCAAGGUCGACGCUGCUGAGCGGGCGAAUCCCGGUGCGCCACGGCCUCGUUGCCAAUCUUGGUGGCCUUCCCCUCGACGAUCUUCAACGACAGCACUGCAGUCUCAUGCGACUCAUGAAGGCUGCCGGUUACUCCACCGCCCAGAUCCUCAAAUGGCACCUCGGUGAUCUGCCGCUGCAAGCGGACGGGUGCGGUAUUGACGAGUACAUUGUGUGGGCGCGUGAGCUUGACCGCGACAGGUACAAGGACUUUGUUGCACACACCAACCUGGAUGUGACCUCCAACGACGUGUUCUCAGGCCAGCCGUGGCCAUGGGGAACGGGGCGACGCAACGAAUGGACCACCGUGGAGCCAGAAGGGCCACACUACGGCCCUCGCCUGGGCGUGAAGAUGGUGAAAGAUCUCGUGUUGCAUCAUGUCCAGGAGGACACGCCCUUCUUCCUGUACUACCCCAUGCUGCUUGGGCACGGCUCCUUCCGGACAGGAACGCCGCCCGAGUACGACGGCAACGGCGGUGGACGCGCAGUCCGCUUCACGGCGAUGAUGGAGGAGAUGGACCGCAUUGUUGGCGAACUGGACACGUUCUUGCAGGACGUUGGUGUGAGCAACGACACGCUGCUGCUGUUUGUCGGCGACAACGGCACCCCAGACGGCUUUGGCUCAGACGUCGACGUUCCACUGGACAACAACCUUGGAGAUGGUGAUGAUGGCGAUGACGAUGCGACAACGGUCGAGCAUGUGGAUGGCGCCAAGUUUUCUGUCUUUGACAACGGCACGCGAGUGCCGUGCAUUGUCAAGUGGCCAUCUGUGAUUGCUCCCGGCAUCACCAUCAACGCCAUUGGCGACCUCACGGACAUCAUGACAACGCUGGCGGCGGCAGCGGGAAGAGAGGACCUGCUGUCCGAUGCGUCCAUCGUCUUCAACACGGGCGAUGGCGACGAUGGCACGUACGGUGAUGGUGGUGAUGAUGGUGGCGACGAGGGGAGCGUGUCGAGUGAUCCGUUCUUCAGCAAGCUUGAUGGCCGUUCAGUGUGGCGGAAGUUGGUGUCACUCCCUCCUGGCAGCGAGGAUGGUGCCGUGGACAGUCCCAGGCUGCUUGCGGGCGAAAAGCCGUUUGUGUAUGUGCAGUACCGCAAGGACGCCAUUGUGCGCACACGAACGCACCUGCUGAACCAGGACGGCGCACUGUAUGACGUCGACGCGCUGUACCGCCCACACCUCAUCGACACCAUCAACACCGUGUGCGACGCGCAGCGGUACACGCAGCUGCUGCUGCUUGAGGAGGCAGCCAACGCCACCAUGCGCCACAACGACUUUGCGACGUUUUCGCCAACACGUCGCCCCACCAUCGUCGAUCCACGCCCAACUGUGCCGGAGUGCCGUAAGUGGCGGUGCUUCGGUGGCGCUGCCGUGUGCCGUGGGUGCAACCCUGGUUACACGCUGGAUACGAGCACACACACGUGCGCGCAGUGCCGUGUGUCCAACUGCAAGGGCUGCUACCUCCGCAAGUUGGACGUGUGUCACACGUGCCAGCCAGGAUACCAGCUCCAAGACAAUGGCACCACUUGUGCCCCGCUGGUUUGAAUGAUAAGGGCUAGGGAUGUGUCUGCGUGUGUGUCUGUGUGUGCCUGUGUGCGUGUGUGUGUGUGCGUGUGCGUGUGUGUCUGUGUCUGUGUGUCUGUGUGCCUGUGUGUCUGUGUGGUAUGGGCAUGUUGCUUGCUUGUUUGUUGCCUUCUCCCAAUGUGAUUGUGAUGUAGUGUCACGUAGUUACGCUGGUGACUUCACUCCCUUUGCCUCUGCUCUUUUUACGCCUUGCACUGUUCGUGUCCUUGUGACAAAUGUAGUUUGCCUUUGCCCUCUUCUCUCUCUCUCUCUCUCGGUUUCUUGUGUUGGGGUGCGAUGGAGUGUGAUCAUGCUUGUAAUAUGAGACUUGAAUGAAACAAAUGAGCGAA